ACAGACGAUCUCUGGCCACGGCGCCGUGUUUACAGCGAACGCAGAAGACUGCAGACUGACCGAGGGAGACCGUGCGUGUACCUGUGCAUUAAUCUGUCCAGUUACCGAGCCCGUUCUGCUAUCUACCUACAGAGAACGACACGCAGCAAACAUAUUUGGCCUCACCCGAAGCAACAGGGGCGAAUAGGCGCGUUUUUUUGGUUUGCGGGGAGGUGAAUCGGGGCCACCACAACAACGCAGUGUGUGUUGACCGGCUGAGGAGGAGGAGAGGAGGCUGCGGUCUGCAACCAGAUUUUAUCCUGGGAAUUUCGAAAGAGACGUCGUGUCGUUAACACAACCAGGCCGUGUUUAAACGUGUGUCCCGGUCCACCUUUUCCAAGUCCGGUUUCAGGGGUGGUCUCGUUGCUGUUCCCAAAGAGACCAUCCAGCAGCGGCGGCACGUUGACUGUUUUUUCCUCCUGAUAUGGAGUGGGAAGAUGUGGAUUACCGAGGAAUCCCCACCGCUAGUUUAGUCGAUAUGGUUUCAUUGAACACUUGGAUGCGGGGCUGUGUUUGGCAAGGAUAAGGUGAACUAUGAGUACACGCUGUUUGGACGGCGGGAUAAAUUGGUAAUUUAGGACUGGACUCCCAUUGGGAAACGUGAGACAGCGUCCCUGCUCUGUUUGUUGUAGCUAUUAGCCCCAUUAGCCGGCUAACGGCUACAAGGCUGCAGAUUAAAAGCCGUUUUUAACCAUUCCGACCAUCUUCCUCCAAUAUUAGAGUAAAAACAAGAUUUCAGCGGGACUUGGGUUAGCAGGGAUGAGGUGUGGGAUGGAAGGGAGCCGCUUGACCUUGUUUUGGGGUCUGAUGCUGUGUCUGUCCUGCCUUCGGCCCGCCACCGCAGAGAUUUGUACCCCCGGCAUCGAUAUUGGUAAUGACAUCAGUCAAUUCAGACAGUUGGAGAAUUGCACGGUGGUUGAAGGCUACUUGCAGAUACUUCUAAUUGGGGAUAAAAAUAACAACAUCAACCAGGAAGUCUUCCGCACCCUAAGCUUCCCCAAGCUGACCAUGAUCACCGACUACCUGCUACUCUUCAGGGUUUCUGGCUUGGACAGUCUGAGCACGCUUUUUCCCAAUCUCUCUGUCAUCCGGGGUCGUAACCUCUUCUAUAACUAUGCCCUGGUCAUCUUUGAGAUGACGAGCCUGAAGGACAUUGGACUCUACAACCUGAGGAACAUCACUCGUGGCUCUAUCCGAAUAGAGAAGAAUCCAGAGCUCUGCUAUUUGGAUUCUAUAGACUGGUCCCUCAUCGUGGAUGCGGAGUUCAACAAUUACAUCGCAGGGAACAAGCAAUCAAAGGAGUGCAGUGAUGUGUGUCCAGGCAUCAUGGAGAACAACCCUUUAUGCAGGAAGACUAUGUUCAACAACAACUACAACUACCGCUGCUGGAAUUCCAACCAUUGCCAGAAAGAGUGCCCAGAGAAGUGUGGACGGAGAGCUUGCACAGCAGAGGGUGACUGCUGCCACCCCCAGUGUCUGGGCAGCUGCUCGCGUCCAGGCAGCGACGCAGCCUGUGCCGCAUGCGUGCACUACUUCUACGAAGGGCGCUGUGUGGCUGACUGCCCUCCAGGCACAUACAAAUUUGAAGGCUGGCGUUGCAUCAUUAAGGAAGUUUGCUCCCAAGUCCACGUCCCGGACUUUGAUACUUUUGUGAUUCAUGGAGGGGAAUGCUUGUCUGAAUGUCCAUCUGGGUACACGCGAUCUGCAGCCAACAGCAUGAUGUGUAAAGCCUGUGAUGGUCUGUGCGAUAAAGUUUGUGAGGGGAAGAACAUCGACUCCAUGGAUGCUGCUCAGUCUCUCAAAGGCUGCACGGUUAUCAAAGGAGAUCUGCAAAUCAACAUCCGCAGAGGCCAUAACAUUGUGGCAGAGCUGGAGAGUUUCACUGGUUUGAUCCAGAGGGUGACCGGUUUUGUCCGGAUCGCCCAUUCCCACACCUUGAGUUCGCUGGCGUUCCUCCGCAGCCUCAGAUACAUCGAUGGAGAGAAUCUUUCUGAAGAAAUGUAUGCCUUCUCAGCGUUUGACAACCAGCAGCUCCAGUACCUUUGGGACUGGAAGCAGCACAACCUGACCAUAAAGAAUGGACGGCUGUUCUUCAGAGCCAACCCGAAACUCUGCUCGUCUGAGAUCCGCAAGAUGUGGGACAAGACGGGCAUCCGGGGCCGCUUUGACGAGGCAGACUUUCGUAACAACGGCGACAGAGCCAGCUGUGAGAGCACCAUCCUGCAGUUUACCUCCAACAGCACCAGCAGCACAAGGAUCAAGCUGACCUGGGAGCGCUACCGGCCGCCCGACUACAGAGACCUCAUCAGUUUUAUCGUCUACUACAAGGAGGCGCCGUUCCAGAACAUCACCGAGUUCGAGGGGCAGGAUGGUUGCGGCUCCAACAGUUGGAACAUGGUGGAUGUGGAGCUGAGGCCCGACAAGGAGUCGGACCCCGGGGUUCUGCUGUCCGGACUCAAACCGUGGACGCAGUACGCCAUCUUUGUUAAAGCCAUCACCCUGUUGGUGGAGGACAAACACAUGCUCGGGGCCAAGACCAAGGUGGCUUACAUCCGCACCAGCCCCUCAGCACCCUCCAUGCCUCAAGACGUGCGAGCGUACUCUAACUCAUCGACUCAGCUGGUGGUGCGCUGGUCGCCCCCCGUCGCGCCUAAUGGCAACCAAACUUAUUACUUGGUGAGAUGGCAACAGCAAGCUGAGGGCCGGGAGCUGUACCAGCACAACUACUGCUCUAAAGAGCUAAAGAUUCCCAUUAGGAUUGCUGCCACAGGGGUGGGGGACCAGGAGGAAGACACCAAGCCCACUAAACCAGACUCCGACGGCCCGGAUAAAGGCCCCUGUUGCCCCUGCCCCAAAUCGGUGGAAGAGCUGGAGGCUGAAGCUUCUGAUGCCUCCUAUAGAAAAGUCUUUGAGAACUUCCUGCACAACUCCAUUUUUACACCAAGACCACCAGACCGGCGCCGCAGAGAUCUUUUUGGCGUGGCUAACUCCACUCGUUCCCGGCGUGUCCAGCUGUCCACCAACAGCAGCACCAUCCCACCUCUCCAAGGUGCUGGGAACAGCAGCACUGUGGACUCGGAGCCAGCCGACCAGGAAUACGAGUUUGUGGAGCAGUCGGUGACGGAACGGGAGCUGCAGAUCUCCGGCCUGCAGCCUUUCACCGUUUACCGCAUCGAUAUUCACGCCUGCAAUCGACAGGUCCAGCGCUGCAGCGCGGCUGAGUUUGUCUUCUCCAGAACCAAACCUGCAGAAAAGGCUGAUGACAUUCCUGGUUCAGUGGUCUGGGAGGGUCAUGAGAACUGGGUGUUCCUGCGCUGGCCCGAGCCCCCCCGCCCCAAUGGGCUCAUCCUCAUGUACGAGAUCAAGUUCAAACUUUCAGCUGAGACCGAGAAGCACGAGUGUGUGUCUGGACAAGUGUAUCGAUCUCAGCGUGGCGUUCGGCUGUCCAACCUCAGUCCAGGAAACUACUCCGUCAGAGUGAGAGCCACGUCGCUGGCUGGCAACGGUUCCUGGACACCCGCGCUGCAUCUCUAUGUGGCUGAACGGUAUGAAAAUGUCUUCUACGCUACGAUCUUUGUCCCCAUCGCCAUCGUCUUCCUGAUCGUCUCUCUGAUCACGGUCUUGGUGGUGCUCAACAAGAAAAGGAACAGCGGGCGGCUGGGAAAGGGAGUGCUGUAUGCUUCGGUCAACCCAGAGUACUUCAGCGCAGCAGAAAUGUAUGUGCCAGACGAGUGGGAGGUGCCCCGCGAGAAGAUCACCAUGAGCCGGGAGCUUGGCCAGGGCUCGUUUGGGAUGGUAUAUGAGGGCCUGGCUAAGGGCGUGGUCAAAGAUGAGCCAGAGACGAGCGUCGCCAUCAAGACGGUCAACGAGUCCGCCAGCAUGAGGGAGAGGAUUGAGUUCCUGAAUGAAGCGUCGGUGAUGAAAGAGUUUAACUGUCACCACGUGGUUCGCCUCCUGGGAGUGGUCUCUCAGGGCCAGCCCACCCUGGUCAUCAUGGAGCUGAUGACCAGAGGAGACCUGAAGAGUUACUUGCGUUCGCUGCGUCCUAACGAGCAACAGUUUUCCAGCCUGUCUCUCCCUCCGCUGAAGAAGAUGCUUCAGAUGGCUGGGCAGAUCGCCGACGGCAUGGCGUACCUUAACGCUAACAAGUUUGUCCACCGAGAUCUGGCUGCCAGGAACUGCAUGGUGGCCGAGGACUUCACUGUUAAGAUAGGAGAUUUCGGCAUGACAAGAGACAUCUAUGAGACAGACUACUACCGUAAAGGUGGUAAAGGUCUGCUCCCUGUCCGCUGGAUGUCCCCUGAGUCUCUGAAGGACGGCGUCUUCACCACCAACUCGGACGUCUGGUCGUUUGGUGUUGUAUUGUGGGAAAUAGCCACUCUGGCAGAGCAGCCCUACCAGGGCUUGUCCAACGAACAAGUCCUUCGCUUCGUCAUGGAGGGUGGACUGCUGGAGAAACCACAGAACUGUCCAGACAUGCUGUUCGAGCUGAUGAGAAUGUGUUGGCAGUACAAUCCUAAAAUGCGUCCGUCCUUCGUGGAGAUCAUCGGCAGCCUAAAGGACGAGCUGGAGCCGUCGUUCAGAGAGGUCAGUUUCUUCUACAGCGCCGACAACAAGCCUGCUGAACCGUCACAGCUCCACCUGGACCACCCAGUGGACUUUUCUCUGGACCCCUCCUCCUGUGCACAGCAGAAUCCCCCCUCCCCAAGCUCAGAGCCCCCACCUGCCCCGUCACAAGCCCCCGGCUCCCCCUCCUCCCCUUGUACGUCGAAUGCUGUUUUGGACAAGCCGCCCUCGGGCCAGCAGGCAGCCAAUGGGCUCUCGGGGGCGUCCCUCUCAGCAGCCUCAGGGCUCGGCACCGGCUCAGGCGUCACCAUUCAGCCGUCCCUGGACGAACUGCCACCAUACGCACACAUGAACGGAGGACGCAAAAAUGAGCGAGCCAUGCCUCUUCCUCAGUCCUCAACCUGCUGAUAAGACAAAGAAUCACACGUGUCAGUGGGCAGCGUCUGUUUUGUUUUUGUUCAAAAACAGCAAAGGCAUGUUCACACUCAGAGGUGGAGGAAACGGUCCACGGGUCUAUUUUCUGCUGUAGGACCACACGUUCUACCAGCUGGCUGUCGGAUGCGACACUGCCCCGCUGCUGAGUGGAAGACCAAAAUUAAGAUAAAAAGGGGAAAAAAAUCAGUAAAAGAAACAAAAAGAUUAAAAAAAAGAUUGAAUGGGAGCUGAUUCUCCCUUUAUGGCUGAACUUGUUUUAUAAAUAGUUUUUUGUUACUUUUAUACGUCUUUCCAGAUGAGGAAACAGAAUGCCUUUAUUUGUGAUCUGCGUUUGAACGGGCAUUACGGUGGAAAUGUUAAGCAUAUCGAAUAAAGAAGCUUCAGAGAAGUGUUCAGUGGGUUGUUAUCCCUGUCGCCCUGCAGGUCACGCUGACGGCGUGAUGCCUGUCCAACAGCCAGAGGGAGAAAACUCAGCUCUGCCAAAUUUGUUGCCAAAAUGAUUCUGCCCGAUGACGUUUCUGUGGUUUCCUUCACCCCGUCAUCGUGGAAACAAAAACAAAACAAAAGCACUUUGAUCUUCCGCCGUACCGCUCUUAGUGAUCAGAGAGCUGUGGGUUGGGGUUUCACGCCUCCAGCCUCUCUGCUCGGUCCCGUCUGUUUACCCGAUAUCGAGCCACAAGUCACAAAGUGCUGUUCUACGGUGAAACAGACAAAAACACAACCGGAGACAAGUUCAGACAAAUCGAAAAAAGGACGGAUUCAAAAUGAAAACCUACACGACGUUUUCGUCUCUGACUUUUCCCCUCUUCAGAGGCGUCCAUGUUUAAAGCAAACAGGUAUUUUUUUACUCUCGUCGAUACUCUCCAGCGGUUCCAUCCCUACAUGGACAGAGCCUUUAUGUACACACCAGUUGUUUGUGUCACUUUUCUAACUUUUCUACAGUCGAAGACUUUCAUCAUGUACAGAAAGAAGCUGCUAUUCCUCAUUUCUCUUGUGGUUGUAAUAUAGUCUAUAUAUAGUAAAAAGAGAGAGGAGACUCCUUCAGGUUGGUUUCAGUUUGGAACGUUUCCACUACAGUUCAUUUUUUAUAAGGUUCUUGUUGUAAAAAGUGUUUCUGAGCUGGUUUUGUUUCCGUGGUUACAUAAAAGGUAUGGCAGUUCCGCCUUGUGUGUGUGAAACGCCGGUUUCUUCCCCGUAUCCGGAUACAAUACGGCAACGGCGCCAAGUCACCAUCAGUGUUCUCUCAGGACAUCUGUCCUCAGCGGUUUGGACGGGAGCGCCUCUAUCCAUCAUCAGAGUCAGAAGCCAGGUGUCCAGAAUAAAUCUCAGGUCAAAGAGGAAAGUUUGAUUCUUUUCUGCCCUUUUUAGUUCCUCUUUUGUUUUGUGCUGCUGUUCUACCCAGAGACUUUCAGCCUAAUGUGUGUGUGUGUGCGCACGCGCACUGACGUCUGUCUACAACUCUUUGUUAUAGCGUUUUAUUAUUAUUACAGAUGAUUCUCUAAAAAAAUCACCACUCAACAGUGGUGCUUACUCGCACAAACAUCUAGAAGUGCUGUGGUCUCACUCAGCUUUUGGUUUGUCCUUCCACUUGUUGUAUGGAGCCCCAAUUCUGACAAAAAGUAGAAAUCAUCCAGUUCAAAAGAUAAAUCAGACAGUUCAGAUUUCUGAAAUGUGUUAGUUUCUCAUCUGUGACUUGAGCACAUUUUUCUCUGCCCUACUGGCAGGUGAGCAUUUCCGUAUUGGUCUGCUUUCAGCUAACAAGAUUCAUCGUUAGUUUUGCCACUGCUACAUGUCCUGUUCUGCUGUCGUAGAACAGCUAGGUCAGCUGUUAGGAGCUGACGUCAGGUCCUUAGAAGUGUGUUUCUGUGAAACGUGAACAGAUAGUAUCUUACCUGUUGUCGACUGCUCUCUUUCAGCAAUAUCAAUUUUGAGGAAUGAAAAUUAUUUUGAUCAGAUUGACGAGCUAACAGCUAGUCUGAGUGGGGCCAGUUACAAAAUGUUUUGUCUUCAAAUCUCAACCAUCAUAUCAGGUGAUUGUUUACGUUACAUUUGACCUAAAUUUGCUGAUAAAUUGUAUAAUAACCCAGAUGGAAAAUCAAUGAAAAGUAAAAAGUUAUUGCUAUUUUAAGAGUAUUAGUGUAAAUGGUUAUGAUGGUUUACCCAUUGAGAUUAGCUGUUGGCUCUGUUUAUACAAAGUGAGGACAUUCAAAGAGAUCUCCAGGUAAGAUGACAGGUGGUAACCUUUGGAAAGAUCUGAACUAUUCCUUUAAAAGUUUCUCUGAACCUCUAAGUUAAGCUAACAGGCUAACUCAAUUAGUUUUGUCUACAACUGCAGAAAAUUGGUCCAAAUUGAGUUUUCAUGUAUUAUUUCUGUUACCAUGAGUGUUUUGUGUUUGCAUGCAGCUAGAAGCGUUCUAGCUAGCUGCACACAAACACGGCAGCAUUCUGUUUGAACCAUAUCAGCAAAAAGCAGACAAAUGAGCCGGAUCCCGCACUGAGACUGUAAACAUAAAAUGUGCUGAUGGAAGCUAACGCGAUGUUGUGUUUUGGUUUUAUUUUAGCUUACACUGUUAGACAGUUGUUUGAUAUUCUCUGAUUGGUUUUAACUACUUUUUGUCAGUUUUAUGGUCCAGUCGGUUCGUGUGAUUGAAGGCCUGUGCAAAGUUAAUGCAAAAUGAAUUAAUGUAGCAGUAAGCCUUAUUCUUGUAUUUCUUCAUUUUUAAAAACAAAUAUUUCUUUUGGAUAAUCUCACUUUCCUAGAAUCAGCUGCUUUCUUGAGUCGAGGCUGGAUUUCUCUACGUAGGAUGAGUAAUGUGUUCAAUUAAGUUAGAUUUUCAUAAUCAGACGUGUUUGCAGAUUUCUGACAUUAAACUGGACCGAAUUGUAAUCAUUUGACUACAUUCUCAGUUGAGUUUAAAUGUUCUGCGUGACUUGUAAAGCGUCAGAGGUUUAUUGAAGAAACUCAUCAGAUCAGAAGUAAAACUUGGAAAAGUUUAUCUCUGAAAAGGGAUGCUUUUUCCCCCGUGUCCUGAUGUUUGUGUGUUUUUGGUGAAGUGUUUAAUCGCUGUGCAAAUGUCCCAAUGUCUUCUUUUUUAAUAUAUAUUUUUAUGAUUUCUAUUUUGGGAGACGGUUGUGUUCUUAUUCCCUCAACCAUCCAUCUACCUCACUUUUAUUUUCUUCUCCCAUCUAUUUAAAUGUACAGACUCGCGCGUCCCCCCUGUUGUCUGGCUGUAGUGAUGACCUCACCGGGUGCUGUUUAAUGUGGUCAAACUCAAACCACAAACCAACCAUACCAUUCUGGCUGCAGCAGACGGGGCUCAUUAGCUCCAGAAUCGCUGAGAGGAGAAAAAAAAGCGGAGAUCACACUUCCACAGUUCCAUUAUAGUCUUUAGUCACCGUGAUUCAUCAUGAACGGCUUCAUGGGAAAACACGUGGAAUGUAAUUUGUUUGAGAUUUCAUAUUUGGGUUUUUUUCUACCAUGACUACUUCAUUUGUUUGUUGACAGAAUAUUUUUUAGGUCAUUAGAAAACCAUAACAGACUCUGGAGCAUGUCUCCAAGUUUCCUGUAACAUAUUUGAAUGAGACUUCUGGUUUAGACCCUGGUUUGCCAAAAUCCUCACAUCAUCAGGGCGGUGAUUUCAGAGUUUGUGGUCUGAUUUUGGACUCAUUUAAUGUCUCUUUACCACUGGAACACCUCACAAAGCCGACAUAAAAUCAAACAUUUCUGUUUUACUUCCUGCCCCCUACGUCCCUCCUUUUUUGUAACAUUGAUGAUUUGUUACUGAUAUUUUGAAAUGUGUAAAUUAUUCAUAGCCUUCCAAGUCUCGCAUUUCUGUUGAAAUGGUCUGUUGGACGAAGGUUUCAUUGUAGAUUUUCUUUUGUACAUGUAAGAUUUUUUCUUGUUAUUGGUAUAUUCUGAGGACCUGAAAAAGUGAUUGGCUGAAGGAAAAGAGAAUGUCUAUUUCUCAUUCUUUUUUUUCUACACAAAGUCUAAGAUGAAUAAAAAUGUAUGCAAACUUU